AUGACAGACUCGAACCUUGCUGGUCUCGCAAACGACUUGAACGCGCCCGAUAAUGUCGGCGAUUCGAACCUUUCCGAGUCCUUAGCCGACAUGGACCUUGAUCCAAGCUCCUUUUCGGAAGAUAAACGCUCCCGCGAAGAAUCCGAGGCUGCCGCGGAGGAGACGGACCAGUCCAGCCCCCCUACCAAGAGACAGCGCCGUGGAGAGGACAACGAUGAAGAGGAGAUGGAUGACGAGAACACCUCUAGACAACAAGGGGUCAUCCAAGAAAGCGAAGAGAACCGUGGGGAUGGGUCUCAACAACGACGGAGGAUCCUCCAAGAUGACAUCGACCACAGCGAGGAUGCGUCCCAACAACAAGACAUGGUCCAAGAUGGCGUCGAGAAUGCUUUUCAUUUGGACAAUAUUGUUAACUCCGAUCCUCCACCUGCCUACGCCAGCAACGGAGAGCCCUCAACCCCUCCAUAUCAACCCGCCGACAGCAAUGUUGCCAGCCCUGCCGUCUCGAUCGCCGAGGGCUCCAUGAUCUCUUUUGAUAUCUUGUCAGAAGACGGCUUGGACGACAUGCCACCCCUGGUGAGACUCGACCAGCAACAACAACACUCAAGGCCUCUGUCUGAUGUCUCUUCCAGAGGCGGUGAUGAUGAUAACGGUGCUUCCGGUGCUGUCUUUGUUUCGUUCUUGGCAGAAGUUUACAGGAGCCGCAUGACGAACAACAGGAGACUUGGUCGUCGGAGAGUGAGGAGGCCACACACCCCGAGGCCGGAGUGGACGACCGGCGUCCCUAAUCAACCACACCCGAGAUCGUUUGUCACGGGUCGGGAAUACAUCCGGCAUGUCAUGAGCGAGCCGCAUGAGCUCUCGGAUGAGGAGUGUUAA